GAUCCAUCAUUUACAACCGGACCGACCUCGACGGCCACUGCUAUUAUGCCACGUGCAGCCUGGACUGCCACGUGGUCAGGACGCACUACACCUGUGCCAGCGGCACAACACCUCCCGUCCCAACCACCUCCCCGGCCGGGUCCUCCCCUUCAGCCUCCGCGCCCGUCACCGCGCAGGGAUGCCCAAACGCGGUCCCCCCAAGAAGGAAAGGCGAGACCUGGGCCAUGCCCAACUGCUCUCAGGCCACCUGCGAGGGCAACGGCGUCAUCGCCCUGCAGCCACGGCGGUGCCCGCAGGUGCAGCGGCCGACGUGCGCCAACGGCUACCCGCCCGUGAAGGUGGUCGACCCCGACAGCUGCUGCCCGCACUACCAGUGCCAGUGUGUGUGCAGCGGCUGGGGCGACCCCCACUACAUCACCUUCGACGGCACCUACUACACGUUCCUGGACAACUGCACGUACGUGCUGGUGCAGCAGAUCCUACCCGUGUACGGCCACUUCCGCGUGCUCAUCGACAACUACUUCUGCGGGGCGGAGGACGGGCUCUCCUGCCCGCAGUCCAUCAUCGUCGAGUACCGGCAGGACCGCGUCGUGCUGACCCGCAAGCCCGUGCUCGGGGUGAUGACCAACGAGAUCGUCUUCAACGACAAAGUGGUCAAGCCCGGCUUCCAGAAGGACGGCGUGAGCAUCUCCCAGAUCGGCAUCAAGAUGUACCUGACCAUCCCCGAGCUCGGCGUCCAGGUCAUGUUCUCCGGCCUCAUCUUCUCGGUGGAGCUGCCUUUCAGCAAGUUCGCCAACAACACCGAGGGGCAGUGCGGCACCUGCACCAAUGACAAGAAGGAUGAGUGCCGUCUCCCCGGGGGCACCGUGGUGCCCUCCUGCUCUGAUAUGUCCGGCCACUGGAAGGUGACGACGCCCCACCAGCCACCCUGCCACGGGCCACCCCCGAAGCCCACUGCAGUCGGGCCCACGCCCUCGCCCGCCCCCUGCCUGCCUUCGCCGAUCUGCCAGCUGAUUCUGAGCGAGGUCUUCGAGCUGUGCCACCCCCUGAUCCCCCCGCUGGCAUUCUACCAAGGCUGCACCUUCGACCACUGCCACCUGAACGACUCCAGCGUGCUGUGCUCUAGCCUGGAGCUGUAUGCGUCCCUCUGCGCCUCCCGAGGCGUGUGCAUCGACUGGAGGCGCCACACCAACCACACGUGCUCGUUCACCUGCCCUGCUGACAAGGUGUACCGGCCGUGUGGCCCGUCCAAGCCCUCAUGCUGCUACGGGAGUGACAACACCAGCCUCGUGGCUCUUCAGGACACUGUCCCCAUCACAGAAGGCUGCUUCUGUCCAGAGAACAUGACGUGUUUCAGCGUGAGCUCUCCAGUCUGCGUGCCUGCGGACUGCCACCGGUGCCUGGGCCCCCACGGGGAGGCUGUGGAGCCCGGCCACACCAUCAGCAUGGACUGCCAGCGGUGCACCUGUGAGAGCAGCACGCUGACAAUGAGCUGUCACAGGCAGCCCUGCCCCCUGCCCCCAGCCUGCCCCCUGCCCGGCUUCGUGCCUGUGCCUGCAGCCCCGCAGGCCGGCCAGUGCUGCCCCCAGUACAACUGCGCCUGUGACACCAGCUACUGCCCCAAGCCCGUGGCCUGUCCUGAGGGCUCCCACCCGGUCGUGACCUAUAAGGAGGGGGCCUGCUGCCCCAGCCAGAACUGCAGCUGGGACGUCUGCAGCGUUAACGGUACCUUGUACCAGCCCGGCUCCGUGGUCUCCUCCAGUCUGUGCGAAACGUGCAGGUGUGAGGUGUCCAGCAGUCCCCAGUCGGACACGGUCGUCAUCAGCUGUGAGACCCAGAUCUGCAACACCCACUGCCCCGCGGGCUUUGAGUAUCAGGAGCAGAGUGGGCAGUGCUGUGGCCUGUGUGUGCAGCAGGCCUGUGUCGUGAACGCCAGUGACAGUUCCACCCGCAUCUUCUAUCCCGGCCAGUCCUGGCCAGACCCCACGAACCCGUGUGUGACCCACGAGUGUGAGAAGCACCGGGACGGGCUCGUGGUGGUGACCAGGAAGAAGGCGUGUCCCCCACUCAGCUGCCCUGCGGCCCAGGCCCAGCUGAGUGAGGACGGCUGCUGUCUCGCCUGUCCCCCGCCCCAACCUCGGAACCGGAACCAGUCGGCCUGUGCCAUAUACUACAAGCGUGAGGUCAUCGUGCAUGGAGAUUGCAGGUCCCCACGGGCCACGAGGGUAGCCUACUGCCAGGGCAACUGCGGGGACAGCAGUGCCAAGUACUCGCUGGAGGCCAACACCAUAGAGCGGAACUGCAGCUGCUGCAGGGAGCUGCGGGUGUUGCCGACGACAGUGACCCUGCGCUGCAAGGACGGCUCCAGCCGAACCUUCGGCUACACCCUGGUGAAGGAGUGCGGCUGUGUGGGGCAGCAGUGCGGCCCCCGCGGCAACCUGAGCCAUUCGGAGGAGCCGGGGCCCUUGCAGAGUGACGAGGAGCGGAGCCAGCAGACGGGGCACACGGGCUGGAGGAGGGGGUCCAGCAGCCCUCGGAGCUCCCGGCCACCUCCCUCCGGGACCCAGCGAUAAGGGUCCCGUUCCCCGUAGCCCCAGCUCCAAGGCCGGUGGGACCUCGGUCCAGGCGGCCCGAGCUCAGGAUGCACUGCCCGCCCCGCUCUUCCAUCCGUCUGCAGGGUCCACGGCCCUUGGAAGUGUGACGGCCCCGAGGGACCCGGGCGGGCGGGGCUCCUCUGGCCACGGGUCCAGUCUGCUUUUCCCCGGACGUAAGCAUCACGGAAGGGUCUUAUCAAUGACGGCCACUUGGAUGUGGUGCCCGGCCAUUCGGCUGGCCACCGGGAGGCAGAGCCUCACCCCCUACCUUGGCCCUGGGCCUCGGGAAAUGGCCAACUGGUUCCAUAAAUACAUCUGGAGCAUU